AUGGAUUCUAGUGUGAUGUCAAACACCUCUUGUGAUGGCGGCAUAGACAGUGAUCGAAAUUCUGAUAGUAGUAGUAUGAUUGUAGACCCUGUAAGUCUUGAUCAAAAAGAUUUAUCAUCUCGUCUAAGUAAAGGCUUUGAUGUAUCAUCUCAUUUUGUAGAAAUAGCUACAACUACGGUGAAAUCUCGUAAUAGGAAUAUUAAAAAAACAUUGACGAUGAUAUCUGAAACACAAAAAACUGAACAAUCUCCAACGUAUACGGCAGAAAAAAUGACUUCAACACAAAUCAAACCACCGUAUUCAUACAUUGCUCUUAUAACAAUGGCGAUUCUUCAAUCACCUCAAAAGAAACUUACUUUAAGUGGUAUCUGUGAGUUUAUAAUGGCUAGGUUUCCGUACUAUCAUGAAAAAUUUCCUGCUUGGCAAAACUCAAUACGGCAUAAUUUAUCUUUAAAUGAUUGUUUUAUAAAAAUACCGCGAGAGCCUGGAAAUCCAGGUAAAGGGAAUUAUUGGACAUUAGAUCCAUUAGCUGAAGAUAUGUUUGAUAACGGUAGCUUCUUGCGACGAAGAAAACGAUAUAAGAGACCACCACCACAUUAUGUCCUUCGAGAUCGUGCUAUAAUGGCAACAUUUGCAAUAUGUGGAGAUCGUAAUGGCUACCCUGUAGGUGAUCAUUCUGGAGGAUUUGCUUAUCCUGGUGUUUCUUCUAAUGCUUAUCUUACUCCUCCACAUCGACUUCCAAUCCUCGAUUUUCCACCGUCGACGCUAGAAGCUCUAAAACUAAGUGCUUUUAUAGAAACUCCACCACCACUGUACAAGCCUGUACCAAUUAUUGCACCUCAUCAACAUAUUCGUCAAUUAGUUAAUAACACAACAUCAGCACUUCCAAUGACAAUGACGACAAUGACGAGUAUUCCUGGUCGACUUGCUAUUUCUGUAACUUCUGGUGCUGUUGAUAAAAAAACAAGCUUCAGCAUAGAAGCCCUUAUCGGCAAAAAAACUCAGUCAGAUCAAAACAUUAAUGAUCUCCUUGAUCUUAGUCCCUCUGAGCAACGAGAAAUAGGCAGUCAAGCAUCUGCUUUUUCACCACUUGUUUAA